ACCUAAACAAGAAAAAGUAAAAAAGAAGUUGUGAAUUUUCAUUUUGAUAUACAGUGAAUGUUUUCUUUCUUUUGCUGUAUGUUUUGGACGUUUGUGAGUAAGCACUUAUUAUUAUUUUCCAAGUCCUAAUUAUCUUUCAUCACUGCCAUGUUCUUUACCGAUAUAAUUACAUCAUCGUCACAUGCAUCUUUUUAUUUAUAAAUAAAAUAAAACUACGAAACCUAAUCUUCUCAUUAAUCACAAAGCAAAAGAGUUUAAUUAAACACACUAUAAAAGCAGAACUAAACUAAAGCUAUGGAUUUGUCUUCCAAACCAAAACAACAACUUAUAAACUCUCUUUCCUUCGCCGGAGAAAUGGGUGUUUGUUACAAAGAGUGUUUGAAAAACCACGCGGCUAAUCUCGGCGGCCAUGCUCUCGACGGUUGCGGUGAGUUUAUGCCGAGUCCCACCGCUACUUCCACCGAUCCUUCUUCUCUCCGUUGCGCCGCUUGUGGCUGCCACCGUAACUUCCACCGGCGUGACCCUUCCGAGAAUCUCAACUUCCUCACCGCGCCGCCGAUUUCUUCUCCUUCCGGCACUGAGUCGCCGCCAUCUCGUCACGUGUCUUCUCCUGUUCCUUGCUCUUACUACACCUCAGCUCCUCCACAUCACGUGAUUCUCUCUCUUAGCUCCGGUUUUCCUGGACCGUCAGAUCAAGAUCCAACGGUGGUUAGGUCAGAGAACAGCUCAAGAGGAGCAAUGAGGAAACGAACCAGAACCAAAUUCACGCCGGAGCAGAAGAUCAAGAUGAGAGCGUUCGCUGAGAAAGCAGGUUGGAAAAUCAACGGCUGUGAUGAAAAGUCUGUGAGAAAUUUUUGUAACGAAGUUGGGAUUGAGAGAGGAGUUCUUAAAGUGUGGAUGCAUAACAACAAGUACUCACUUCUCAAUGGCAAGAUCAGAGAGAUCGAACAUGGUCUGUGUCUGAACACUAUUACUCACAGCUGUAACAAUGAUGGUGAUGGGUCUUCGUCUUCUUGAAGAAAGAUUCAAGAUUUGGGUUAAACCGAAUUAGGAUACUUUAAUUUGGGAAAAUAUGACCAUUAACCGGUUUUAAAUCUUCUUGAUAGUGUUUUUUCUCUAACAUGUAAUCGAUCUUGAUAUAUAUUAUUAUGCAGUUUGAUCUUUUCUGUAUCCACUUUGACAGAGAUGUGGUCAGAGAUCAUAAAUGGGUUUGGUAAUAAAUAAGGUUUUUAAUCGGAGGUUAAAACGAAAUUUGAUAGAGCAUUUCUAAUUAUAGUAAGU